CUCCCUCUCCGCCCGAAACUCUCGCGAUUAAUUCGAUUCUCGAAAUGCCAUGGUUGUUCGGAUCUUGUCUAUUGCGGCUCCGAGUGACGCUGCCGAAACUAUUAAAUUUCUUCGAAGUCGUGGCUGCGAUCAAUUUUUUGUCCUUUCACUCGGGUGCUAAAGAAGAUAGGGGUGACGUCGGGUGCUAAAGCACUACUUGAAACGGAUUGAUUCGUAGAGCACAAAAUUAGGGCCAGACGGUAAAGAAGCAAGGGAUGCAAGCCGAUAUAUCAGAACUUUGUGCUCAACUUGAUGCAUUGGGCUUAAAAAUUAUUCAAGUUACAGCAGAUGGCAACUGUUUCUUUAGGGCCCUAGCUGAUCAGCUUGAGGGUAACGAAAAUGAUCACCAAAAGUAUCGUGAAAUGGUGGUGAAUUAUAUCUUUAAAAAUCGCGAGGACUUUGAACCCUUCAUUGAGGAUGAUGUUCCAUUUGAUAAGUACUGCCAGUCCAUGGAAAAGGAUGGCUCAUGGGCAGGCCAUAUGGAACUUCAAGCUGCUUCUCUUGUUACAAAAAGAAAUAUUUGCAUUCACAGACUUAAAUCUCCGCGCUGGUACAUAUGUAAUUUCAGUGGUGAUCAUCAAGCAAAUAUGAUUCAUCUGUGUUAUCAUGAUGGUGAACACUACUGCAGUGUUCGUUCAAAGGAAGAUUCUUGUGAAGGACCUGCUAAGCCAAUAAUGAUUAAGGCAGAUGCUCAUAUUUCUGCAAAGGAGCAUAACAACAAAAUAGCAAUUGACAAAUCAUCAAAAGGGUCCUCAAGCAGAAGUACCUUUAAUAGUGGAUCAGUUAAAUUGGUCAUGGCUGGAACUGGAAUUGAGGACAUCGAUAAAGUUGAACAGGUUUUACGAGAAGUAGAUGGUGAUGUUGAUGCAGCAAUUGAGUUUUUGAUAGCUGAGAAGGAGUUGGACCUCGAUCAUGAUGCAUGUUCUAGUGCUGACAAUUCCAAGGGAGAAGAUCUGCUUCAAGGAGAAUGUCAAAUUCAGGACCCUGGACAAGCAGUGGUAGCAUCAUUGGACAUGAAAUUGGAGCAAGACAUAUGUGAUACAAAGAUCCAAGCUGUUCAGGCUGAUAGCAUAUAUAAUCAAAAUAAGAAAAACCUAGAAAAUAAAAUGUGUUCAUGUGGAUCGAAAAAGAAGUGCAAGGCCUGUGGUACAAGCACUGGAAAAGUUUCAUCAUUCAUAGUUAACAGCAAACAUGCUGCCAACAAAGGCAGGAGGGAACCAAAGCAGAAUAAGAGAAAAGAAGCCAUAAACGAAGUCGGGAACUGUGGAUCUGGAUCUCUGUCAGACAUGGGAGCACUUUGCAUUUGAGUGGUUAAUUUGGGAAAA